AUGAUGCCAUCCAGCGUUUCCAGAUUGGCUACCCGCGCUCUAACUCGAAGCAUUCCAUCGCUACUUGAAAGAUCUGCAAUAAAGAAAGCGGGAUCAAAGUUGAAUAUGGCCAAAAGGACCUAUUCUCGCAGUUUUGAGCUUGCCAAGAAUACCGUAUCCAUCACAUACGUCGAUCCAGAUGGCGAAGAAAUAACUGUGGAUGCUGAAAUUGGUCAAAACCUGCUCCAUGUGGCACAUGACAAUAAUGUAGAACUAGAAGGCGCCUGUGGAGCUGAACUGGCAUGCAGUACCUGUCACUUAAUUUUUGAACAAGACGUAUUCGACAAGUUACCCGAAAUGACCGAAGAGGAAGAGGAUAUGCUCGAUUUGGCGUUUGAAGUCACCGAUACAUCUCGGUUGGGUUGUCAAAUAUUGGUUCGAGAAGACUUUGAAGGCAUGAAGGUCCAAAUACCAGACGAUGGUUUCUAG